UCUAUAGCAGGAGAUCUUCCACUCCAACCCAUAGAGAGCGUGAUGCUGAGAGUCGCUGUAUCAUUACUAUGAGCAGUAACAGUGUGAGUAUUGAGGAACCUCGCAGUCAACAUCGACGCACCUUCACCUUCCACUUCACCUUCUGGUCACACAGCGGCUUCACCAAGAACUCAGAUGGACUAUUAGUGCCUGAGGACGUUGGGGGACGCUAUGCUGACCAGGCUUGUGUAUUUGCCGGAUUGGGGCAGGGGAUUGUGGAUAAUGCUCUGCAGGGCUACAAUGCCACGCUGCUGGCGUACGGUCAGACAGGCUCAGGGAAAAGUUACUCCAUGAUGGGCUUCGGAGCCAACAAGGGCCUCGUCCCAAAUCUGUGUCAGUCGCUCUUCACCUACAUCACAGCCAAUCAGGACAGAUGCCAAUGCCAGGUUUUCUUCAGCAUGUUAGAAAUCUAUAAUGAGCAGGUGAUCGAUCUGUUGUCGAGGUUGAGUCGUUCAGCCGGUGGUCUGCGUGUACGUGAGGAUCAGCAGCGUGGUUUUUAUGUGGAGGGGCUGCGCAGAGUGGCCUGUGACAGUGCUGUACAGGUGGAGCAGCUGAUGGAGCAGGGAACUCGAACACGCACCACCGCCGCCACACACCUGAACGCCAACAGCAGUCGCUCACACAUGCUCAUCAUCAUCCAGCUCAAACAGAUCUUCUCAAAGGAGUGCAUCACUAAAGAGUCCAACAUUAACCUGGUUGACCUGGCAGGAAGUGAAAGGCAAAGGUCAUCAGGGUCAGAGGUCGAUCGCCUUAAAGAGGGAACGGCUAUUAAUCUCAGUCUCACUACUCUGGGGAACGUGAUCAGUGCCCUUGCGGAAGUGGCGUUGGGAAGGAAAGCGGUGUAUAUUCCCUACAGAGACUCCAUCCUCACUAAACUCCUGCAGUCUGCGCUGGGAGGAAACAGUCGCACCGUCAUGAUCGCAACUCUGAGUCCAGCUGAUAUCUGCUACGAGGAGUCACUCUCCACUCUCCGCUACGCUGAAAGAGCGAAGCGAAUCCAGAACAAGGCAGUGGUGAACGAGGGCCCAACGGAGAAACUGGUUAAAGAACUGAAGGCUGAAAAUGCGAAACUGUUGCUGAAGCUCAGUAAACUGGAUCAGAAUGCAAGAGGGGGCGAUCAGGAGAUGAAGGAUCUGAGGCGUAUUCUAACUCACAAUGAGCUGCAGAUCCGAGCGAUUCAGACACUAUGGGAGCAGCAUCUUCAGGAAGCUCUGAAAGACUGGGAGACCCAGUACACCACCAUCACACAGGAGCGAAGGAUGAUGCAGAUGUUUCCCUACAUGCUGAACAUUAAUGAAGAUGCACAACUUUCUGGAGUCAUCAAGCUCUUCAUUCAGGAGGGUGAGUGGGAGGUGGGUUUAGCAGACGCUUCACCCAGAGCGAUUUCUGUUAGAGGACUGGGUAUUCAGGAGAGACAUGCCAUCUUCUCCAAUCAUCAGCAGCGAGUGACGGUCAGACCAGUGUCUGGGUCACAGAUCACAGUGAAUGGCAUGUCCAUAUCUCAGACAACUGAGCUGCAGCAUUUGGACCGUGUGAUCCUGGGCUCCAACAGCACCUUCCUGUUUAUGGGUUUUCCGUCUGAGCGGGUCGGAGACGAUUGGAGUCGUUAUGAUUACGACUUUUUUCAGUCUGAGCUUGCGGCGGCAGAGGGAGUUCACCUGCACACACUGUGUGACACACCUGGACCGAGGUCCCAGGAGCCCAACCCUAGUCUCCUAGCCGCUUUUUACGAUUACAUCAAACUGAUGCCGAUGGUGACCGAAGCAAACCAGAUGAGUCAGGAACUGAAUAAGGGGGUGGAGUUUAAGUUGGAGAUUAAGAACUUGGCGAUGUCUGACUCUAAAGGUCAUGACCUGGAGAAGGAGAUUGUGGUCAGAGUUACGAGCGUUCAGAGCAAACAGGUAUGGUUGUGGUCCAAAGCUAAGUUCAUUAACCGUAAGUUCCUGAUGGAGGAAGUGUACCAGCGAGGAGCAUCACUGCCUGCUCUGUCCCAGGAUCAAGACCCCUUCUGGGACCCAGUAGAGCCUCUACACCUGGGCAGUGCUCACCUGUGGCUGCAUUCACUGGCCUUUCGCCUCGCUGUGGAUGAGCUGGUGGAGGUGGUGGGACCUGAGGGCACCGAGGAGGCCAUGUUGCAUGCACGCAUCGUUCCCUGCAGCCCAGAAGGAUUGCCACUGGGAGAGGACGAUAUCCUGAUCGACCCCACAGAGCUGCUUGGAAAGAGACUGGAUUUAAAUCUGAUCCUGGAUCAGUGCUGCGGGCUGCGCUGGGUCAAAGAGGUCCGAACCCGCGGCAUACAGAUCGGAUUCCAGAUGUUUGACUGCACAGAGCCGCUCUACACUCCGGUGGUGUGGCAGUGUGUGAACCCACAGCUGGAUUUCAGCGUUCAGUUCACAGCCCUGAACACAUCACACGCACUGCUCACUUACCUGCAGAGUAACGCUGUGGUCUUGCAGCUGUGGGGUCUACAGGAGGGAUGUUCUGACAUGACCUCAUGUCUGUACAGUGUGAAGAAAUCUCCAGAAAACCCUGUCCUCAUAGACACAGCAGAGGACUGUGAGCACACGAGUGUCGAUAGCUCAAUGUCAGAUCCGAGUGUGUGUCUGCGAGUUCUACAUGAAGAUCUGGAGCAGCUGAAGAACACCAAUGCAGCAUUGAGGAAAGAGAAUGACACACUGAGAGAACAGCUCAACACACACACACGACACGGUAUAGAGAGUGCUCGAGGGCGCAGGAGAAGUCUAAAGUCCAGCUGUGAUGCUGAAUUCGCUCGAGCACUGAAAGUGUUUUACCACAGCAUGACAUCGGUCCGAGCUCAGCUGCAGCGACUGCGCAGGCACAGACCAAGUGAGGAGGUGGACCUGCAGGGUUUGAGAUUCUUCAUGGAUGAGCACACACACCUGCUGAAAGAGUUCAGUGAGCAGUUGGAACAGUGUGUUUGUGCACUCAAGCAGGAAGUGGCAGCCAUCGUUCGAAAGAAGAGAGAGAAAUCUGCAACCUGGUCUUAAUAAAC